UCUCCCUUGCCCCUCCCACCGCCACACCAGAAACAUGGGGAGGAAAAAGAUUCAGAUCCAGAGGAUCACUGACGAACGCAACAGACAGGUGACGUUCACCAAGCGGAAGUUCGGCCUGAUGAAGAAGGCGUACGAGCUGAGCGUCCUGUGCGACUGCGAGAUCGCCCUCAUCAUCUUCAACCACUCCAACAAGCUGUUCCAGUACGCCAGCACCGACAUGGACAAGGUCCUGCUCAAGUACACCGAGUACAACGAGCCGCACGAGAGCCGGACCAACGCCGACAUCAUCGAGACGUUGCGAAAGAAGGGCUUUAACGGCUGCAACAGCCCCGAGCCCGACGGAGACGACUCCAUCGACCAAAGCCCGCUAAACGAAGAGAAGUACCGCAAGACGGAGGACCUGGACAGCCUCUUCAAACGCUACGGCGCUCUGAACAAGAAAGAGCACCGGGACUCUGAGAGCCCAGACCCCGAGGAGCCCUUCUCCCUCACCCCCCGCACUGAGGAGAAAUACAAAAAAAUUGACGAGGAGUUUGAUAAAAUGAUGCAGAACUAUAGGCUGUCAUCCACAGUCCCACAGCCCACCUUCUCCAUGCCAGUCACCGUGCCAGUAUCCAAUCAGAACGCGGCGGCGGCCCUCCAGUUCAGCAGCAACCCCGGCGGCGCCCUGGUCACCACCACGUCCUACGUCACCUCCACCCUCACAGACCCCCGCCUCCUGUCGCCACAGCAACCGUCUCUGCAGAGGAACACCGUGUCGCCAGGGUUACCACAGCGACCAGCCAGCGCAGGAGCUCUGUUGGGAGACAUGGGGAACUCAAAUGGAGCGUGCCCGAGUCCAGUCCCUAACGGCUACAUCAGUGCCAGGGCCUCCCCGGGCCUCCUCUCCGUCUCCAACGGCAACAGCCUGGGGAAAGUAGUCCCGGCUAAGUCUCCGCCUCCGCACAGCCCUCAGAUGGUCAACAGCCGCAAGCCGGACCUGAGGGUCAUCACCUCGCCGAGCGGCAAGAACCUCAUGCAGCUGACAGAGGAAGAGCUGGAGUUGGUGAGUGAGAAUGCUCAGCGGCUAGGUGGCUCCCAGGUGGUGCAGUCGCUCACCACACCAGUGGUCUCCGUGGCAACACCCAGUCUUCUGGCGCCCUUCUCCGGCAUGCAGACGGCCUACAACACUGAGUACCAGCUGACGAGCGCAGAUCUCACGGCGCUCCAGACGUUCACACCACCGGGGCUGGUGCCUGGCAACAUGGCUGCCUGGCAACAGCAACCCACAGUCUCCCAGCAACAACAGCAGCAGCAGCAACAGCAGCAGCAGCAGCAGCAGCAACAGUCCCAGCAGCUGAGCCUGGCAUCGCUCAGUAACUUGGUCAUGUGGGGUGCAGAGAAACAGAAUGCAGAGAUGGUUAACUGCAUCUCCAAUUUUGCUGCUAACCUGAGCUUGGCCUCUCAGUCCAACUUGCUCUUUGGCAGGGAGGACGGCCUCUGCUGGCCGGUGGGUCACAUACCUCAGGGCGCCGCGCUGACCGUCAACACGAACCCCAACAUCAACAUAAAGUCUGAACCGGUCUCCCCAAACCGCGACCGCAGCACCCCCAGCUCCACCUGCGGCACCGGGGGAGGGGGAGGGGGCGGCGGCGGCGGUGGAGGCGGCCAGAUUCAAGUCCAGGGACAGGGUCUGGUGUCGGUGGCCUACCCUGGUUCCCUGCGCCUGGAAGUGGGCGGCCAAGGCCGCUCGCCAGUCGACAGCCUCAGCAGCAACGGCAGCUCGUACGAGGGCAGCGACCGGGACGACGGCGCCCAGGGGCGGGGCGGCGGGGUUCCGGACUUCCUCCACCAGGCCGGUGCCGGGGGCCAGCAGCCCACCAUGGUCCUCCUGCGGCCCUCGUCGGCCGAGCCCCAGGAGCAGGACGGGACCAACGUCAAGAGGAUGAGACUGGAUACCUGGGUCACAUGAAGAGACGAGCGGAGAGGGACGGAUGGACGGACGGACAGAUGGAGGAUGGAGAUGGAGAUGUGUACUUGUUGCUUGUGUACAUGCCCCCAUCAGCCCUAAUGCCCCUCAAUCUCCUUCUUCGUGCAUUCACACACACACACACACAUAUAUAUUUAUACCUGCCAUCGACCCAGUUCUGUCCAAACAGGAAAAGCUGACCUCGCACACACACACACAGAGAGAGACACACACAACACGAGCAUGCUAACACACCGUAAUGUCGUCGCACGUGUGGACACUGACACACACUUGUAUGGCAAUGUGCAUACACAUUUGAA